CCAUUUUGUUCCCCCCCCCCCUCUCCCCUCAGGAGCCGCCGCCAUUUUGUGCCCCCCCCUUUCUCAUUUCUCCCGUCAUGGCGCUGGUUUCGGCCGAUUCCCGCAUCGCGGAGCUGCUCGGGGAGCUGCACCAGCUCAUCAAACAGACGCAGGAGGAGCGAUCCCGCAGCGAGCACAACCUGGUCAACAUCCAGAAGACCCACGAGCGGAUGCAGACGGAGAACAAAAUCUCCCCCUAUUACCGCACCAAGCUCCGGGGGCUCUACACCACAGCCAAGGCCGACGCCGAGGCCGAGUGCAAGUGAGUCCCAAAAAACACCUUUUCCA